AUUUAGAGGAAAAAAAACCUAAUUGUAUUAUCGUCGACCAAAAAAAAAGGAUGGAGAGUACGCAGGUUUCAGCAAGGGGAGCGGCAGCUGGGAAAGACGAUGGCCACAGACAGCGGCAAGGUUACAAACAGCGGCAAGGGCACAGGAACAGCAAGGCAGGUUACAGUAAACAGUUUUUCGGUUGGACAACGACUUUUUUCUUUUAUAAUUUCCCAGAGGAAUUGGAGGCAAAAUUUUUAUGGAACUGUUUUCAGAUGUAUGGUAAGGUUGUGGAUGUGUAUCUUCCGAGAAAACGUGACAAGCGAGGGAAGAGGUUUGGGUUUGUGAGGCUAACAGGGGUUAAUAAUGAGAUGCAGAUGGAAAGGAAGCUAAACGGGAUCUGGAUUGGCUUGUACAAGAUCAGAGUGAAGAUCGCAAAUGAUCGGCAAAGGAAAUCAUCAAUGUCCAAGAAGCUACAAGGGGAAGUAAAGGAUAGGGGAUCAACGAAUAACAUGGAUAGGUUGAUCCAACCAGGGCGCUCAUAUGCACAAGUAGUGAAGGGACAGGGAAAGAGGACAGAAAAGGCACCGGUUAAUCUACAGGAAAGGGAUGAAGAAGCAACUCCAGAUAAGGAAGAUGUAUCAAAAAGGGCCCAGGAGAAAAAGGUAUUGGAAAAAGGAGAGGAGAUUAUCGAAUUUAUCCCAACAGGUGAGGAGAUGCAAUGGCUUGAGGGUGGCAUGGUGGCAGAGGUGAGAUCAAUGGCUUCGGUAUCAGAGAUUCAAAAGCAAUUGGAUGUUGAUGGAGGCUCAAUCUCAUUAGUACCAAUCGGGGGAAAAAGUAUGUUAUUAACUGAAAGAGUUAAAGGGUACUUAGCUGAGUAUAUGAAGAUUAAUGAGGAGUUGUUUGGAUUGUGGUUUAAGUUGUUAAAACCGUGGGAGAAGGCAUCAGAGGAGAAAAGUAGAAUGGUGUGGUUGCGAAUAGCGGGAGUGCCUCUUAAGGCAUGGAGUGAGAGGUGUUUCCGAAUGAUAGGUGAGACAAUAGGAGAAGUAUUAAUGAUUCAUGAUGAUACAAAGAAGAAAUCAAUAUUAUGGGAUGGGAGAGUUUUGAUUUUAUGCUCAGAUUCUAGCAAGAUAUCAAAACGAACAAAGCUGAGAGCGGGAGAGCAGGUGCAUGAGAUAGAGAUAGUCGAAGAGGAGUGGCGCUCUGAUCCGGAUUGGUGGUUGUCGGAGAAUGACCGGAAAAGUGACCGAGAAACGGAGUCUGAAUAUUCAAUAGCGUGGAGUAAGAAUGAGGAUCCUAAGUUGGAUACGGACGGGAUUUGCGGCGGCGAGGAUAUGAGUACUGAUUCAGAGCAAUUAAUGAAGGAUUUGGAUGUAAAUUCAAAUUCGAAGCCGUUAGCGAUAAAUGAAAGCUGUGGACAAAUUGAAACAGGGACGGUUUUGGAGGGGAUUGAUGGGUACGGGCUUACUCAAAACAAUGGGCCUCAAAGGCUGAAGUUGGUUGGGCCAGAAAGUAUCGGUGGGCCUGCUGAAAGGAUGGACCAGGGGCAGCCGAAGGAAAUAAGCAUGGGUUUAAAUAAGAAAGGAACAGGGGAUACAUCGGCACUGCAGAAAUCGGGGAAAAAAUCAGAAAGGAAAAAACAAAGGCCCCUUCAAGAGUGCUACCCAGAAAUCAUGGAGGAGAUCUGGGCGAAAGGGACACCGUGGGUGACACCCAGAACAAAGCAAAGACAGUCAAGGAGAGUGGGCGCUAGACAGGCUGGGGAUGACAAGGUACGCACUGCUGGUUCUGUGUCUAUUUCGGAUGAGUGCAUUGAAAAUAGAAAUAGGGUGUUGCAGAGAGAGAUGAAUCUAAUGGAGGUGUGUCAGAUGAUGAAGGUGGGGAAGAGGUUGGGUUUUCAAUUUAAUAAUAAUGAGGAGGAGAUACAAUCUAAACUAUUGGAGACAGAGGAACGGGAUGUAGAAGGACGAAGGGACGAGUCGAGGAGGAAGGAGGUGAAAAAGCUAGUUAAAGAAGAGAGGCCCAAUUUCUUGUUCUUGCAGGAAACAAAAUUAGAAAGGAUGGAUGUAGUUACUUGUAGCCAGUUGUGGAAUUCUGAUGAGUUUGAGUGGGUUGUGAAGGACUCUUCUGGAGCUUUAGGGGGUUUACUGUGUAUAUGGGAUAGGAGGCACUUUGUUAAGAAGGAAGAGCUAAUUGGUGACGGUUUUGUGGGAUUAUCAGGGGAAUGGGGAGUAAAUAAACAACAAUGUUUUCUUAUUAAUGUGUAUGGCCCAAAUGAUAGACAAAAGAGGGCUAAGUUGUGGGAGGAACUAAGGAAGAUGAAAACAGACAAGGAAGGACAUUGGUUGAUAGCAGGGGACUUUAAUGCUGUUAGAGGCCCUGAGGAGAGAUGAGGAAAAUUAAAGGAGAGUCCGGGCAUGAAGGACUUUGAUGAGUUCAUUGUGGCAACAGAUUUGGUGGAUGUUAAAUUGACAAAUAGAAGGUAUACUUGGUAUAAACCAGAUGGUACAGC